CAAAAAACUGAAUUUUAAACAACAUGUAAGCUGUUUGGUGAGUAAAACUCUUAAGGACCUAGACAUUCUUAAGUCACUGGCCUGCGGAAGGAAUGGUGUACACCCUCAGCUACUUUUAAAGGUAUACUGCAGUAUAAUCAGAGCUAAACUAGAUUAUGGUGGCUUUUUGUUUGGGCAUUUACCAAAUAGUGUUUUGAAUAAACUAGACAUUAUUCAAAAUCAGGCUCUCAGGUGCAUAUUGGGUGCUAUGAAGUCAACCCCAAUUUUAGCUCUUCAAAUGGAAGCAGCAGUACCCAACUUGCAGACCAGAAGGAAAAUGUUAACUGAAAGACUAGUUUUCAAAGUACUGUCUGAACCUAACCAUCCAGUUUAUGUAAAUUUAAAGUAUUUAAGUAUGGCAGCAAAUCAUCACGAAUACUGGGCCAAGAAGACCACACCACUGUAUAUAAAAUCAGGUAGAUAUUAAUCGGAUGGAAAAUCCAAAAUCCGAAAUUCCUCCUGAAACACUCAAAAAAUUAUUUAUAGAACAAAUAAAUGAGGAAUUUUCAGACUACAUAAAAAUUUACACAGAUGGAUCGAGAAACGCAGAGGGUUCUGGAGCAGCUGUAUUAUUACAAGGUAGGCCUAAUCAUCUUAGUUAUAAAUUCUGUUUACCCAAAAUAGCUUCCAGCUACACAGCCGAACUUUACGCCAUAAAGAAAGCAAUCGAGAUAGCGAAUCUUCAACCAGGUAACAAAGUACUAAUUUGUUCUGACUCAAAAGCAGCCAUCCAUGCAGUCAAAACAGCCUGUAAACUUGAUUAUAUUGAUAACAUUACAUCCCAAAUCGUGGAGGAGGUCCUUUCUUCAGAAAAGAAAAUAACACUUCAGUGGGUUCCUGGUCAUGUGGGUAUUACACCAAAUGAAAUAGUAGAUAAGCUGGCGAAAGAGGCAAUUCAGACAGGAAAAGUAAUCAAAGAUCUGGUCCUUCCGAUGGGUGACUUUGUCAGCCAUUUAAAAUGUGAAAUGACAUCCUUAUACAAAGCUGAAGUAGAACAAAGCAAUAAAGCAAGAUGGUAUAGGGAUGUGCAGCGGGACCUUCCUAUGGUCCCAUGGUUUAAGAAUGCUAAGAUAGGAAGAAGUAAACUAGUCACAAUAAUUAGGCUAAGACUGGGUCAUGCACAGGUAAAUGAAACUUUAUUCAGAAUAAACUGCUACUUUACUGAAAAAUGUCUCAAGUGUACAUUGAAUGUGAAAGAAAGUCUUCAGCACCUAAUCUUUGAAUGCCCAACAUAUGAUAGCUUCAGAGAACCAUUAAUACAACAUUUAAAGGAAAAGAAAGUAAGGCCACCAUUCUAUCUCAAAGAGCUGUUGGUAAGUUUUGACUUAGGCGUAUUGUUAGAAAUAGUAAGGUACCUAAAUAGUAUAAAUAGGUCAAUUUGAUAAAGGCAAUUGGGUGUUACUAACAUUCAAGUAUAGAACUCUUCCACACUAUCUUGGAGUCAUAUUUGUUACCUACUCCAGGUUCUAACAAUUUGUAUUUAUCUCCAGGGUCUGAAUCCUUUUCGGAGUAGAAAGUCGCCUGGAGGACCUCAGGCGUGAAGAAAGUCUGAUCAGUGGGCCCCAACCAUUUCCAUUGAUCCUGUAACCUAAAAGCCUUUCCUAUAGCUUGUCCCCCUCUGUGUGUAAAUAACUGAACACUACAGGAACAAUUGAUUGAUAACAAAGUCAGGUUAUAGGCAAAUACUAACAUUUAUGUGGAAUUGUAAUUAACUUCCCCUUCCCAUGAAAAGAAACAGUGUGAAAGUGAAAUAAAAAAAAAAAAAAAAUUAACACCCUCACCACAAAUCAGUUAAAUGCAAUACAUACAGUGAAAAGUGAAAUAAAUAGUAAGGGUUAUUCAAAACAUUCAAAGUGCGAUAAAAACAGUGGAAAGUGAAAUAAAUAAUAAAGACUAUUGUGGUUCCAUGCCCAUAUGGUAGCAGAACCAGCUACAUUUUGGUAGCUAAGAAAGAAAGAAA